GUUUCAGGAUAGUGGUGAGAAGAAGCAGAGGCCACAUUUCCAUUGUUAAACUUCAGGCUCUGUUUGAUGUCCAAGUGAGGGAAUUUUGAGGAGUUGACAAAGAUAAUUCAUGAGUGCAGGGCAGUGACAGCUGUGCACAAGGACUUUUGCAAACUUAUAACAAGGUCCCGGGUUUUAGAUUGUCCAGAAGAUGAAGGUGCAUGGGAUGCUUGGAGACGUAAUAGAUUGCAUUCAAAGUCGUCUUGACCAGAACAUUUCUGACAGACAGAGACGGUUGUGGUGGUGGGAUGUUAUUCUGACAGGAGAUCUGUGGCAGUGGCGAAUCUGUGAAGUUCUCCGUCCUAGGGGGCUGGCUUUGAAUUAACUCAUCACAGAGUAUUAAGGGAAUCAAGGUGUAUGGACAUAGUGUACAGAAACAGCGCUGAGGGAGAUUGUCGGUCUGGGAAAGGGUCUCCACCAGAAACAUCACCCAUACUUUCUCUCCAGAGAUGCUGCCUGUCCCGCUGAGUUACUCCAGCAUUGUGUGUCUAUUAUCAGCCAUGAUCUGGAAAAUUCAGAGCAGUGAAACAUCUUGACCCAGAGCACUCACAUUUAUCACUUUUAUUUUAAACCCCUGUCCCACGUAGGAGUUCAUUCCACGAGUUCUCUCGAGUUUUGCCCUGAUUCGAGCUCGGAGAUUUACGGUAAUGGCCACUCGUCGGUACUCGGGGCUCUCGUGGACAUUUUCCAUCAUGUUGAAAAAUAAUCACGAGUCUUCCCGUGCUUACCUGCCGUUAGCGAGUCUUCCCGUGCUUACCUGCCGUUAGCGAGUCUUCCCGAGUACCUACCGUUAGCGUUACGAGCCGCUCAGAGACAUCCCCGAGCACCGACGUUCCCCCAACGUUCAUUCUCCGUGCUUACCACGAGUUUGAUUUUGUGUUUAACUCGGGAGAGCUCUUGGAAUGAACUCGUACCGUGGGACAGGGAGAUACAGCGCGGAAACACGGCUUUCCACCCAUCCUGGCGGUUCCAGGAACUAGCCGCACCAAUGUGUCAGAUGAGGCAAUGUCUAUAGUGUCUUGUCCAACCUUAUUCUGAGGAUGCCCGGGUAGAAAUCAUACACGACAGAGAAAAUUAUCGACACCAUGGUGCAGUGGCCAGUGGCUCCACUUACCCAAACUCUCCCCGGAGCUCUGCAAACGUCCCCUUUCAAAACAGUGCUACAAUACUUUUCUUAAAGGUACAACUGAAUCAACACGGGUCAGGUUAUAGCAAUUCACUCUGUAAAACCUCCCUUCACUCAGUCUGAAGAACCCGAAAUGUGACCCAUUCCUUCUGUCAGAGAUGCUGCCUAACCCGCUGAGUUACUGCAGCAAUUUGUGUCUAUUUUUGGUGUCAACCAGCAUCUGCAAUUCUUUCCGACACAACUCCUCGCUCUUCCUUCUUGUUGCGCGGAAUCAAGCACCGCCGUUUGCAUACAAAAGCAGAUGAAACGGGCGGGAUACACACACACACACACACACACGGUGCUGGAGUAACUCAGCGGGUCAGGCAGCGUCUCUGGAGAACAUGGAGAGGUGACGUUUCGGGUUGGGAUCCUUCUUCAGCAGCAGUUCCCGCAUCUGCAGUUCCUUGUAUUUAGUUGAAACGUGGAAACUGGGCUCCGGCGAUUUGAUCUGGAGCAAGGUGCUUCUCUCUGUAUUGCCACUACUAGCUGCUAGGACAUUGUAAAGAGGCAUUACAGGAAAGAGUAAUUACAGGAAAGAGUAAUAACUCUUUCACAACUCCAAUCGUCUUUGACUUAUGAACGUUCCCCAUUUGAUUCCCAAAGUUACAUUUACAAUAAGGCAGAGAUGCUAAACCGACGACUUUUUUUUUAAAAAUCGGUCCUGCAUAUAUAUCCUGGGUGAUAUUUGAAAUAUCAAUCUUAUGAAUAAUCGAAUCUUAUAAUGCCCGCUUAACGCGAAUGCACUGCGAUGUAAUGUCACGCACAGUACUUCAGCAGAGUGCUGUGGACAUACAUUUAUCAUUCGAUCAUACAUUGAGGUGGGGGAAAGAUUACAGCAACAUACUCCCGGCGUUGCGAUGCCAGCCUCGCCUUGCGCUCAGUGUAUGUAGAAUGUGGUGCCCGCAACAUUAAUGGCGUUUAGAAUGUGAACAUAAUCGAGCUAAAUAUCCCAAGUGACCACAUUACCCGAGUCUAAAUCAGCAUUUUUCAGGCAUAUCAAUUAUGCACCAACUUGUGCUCGGGUUAUAGCGAAGCCCGGAGCAACUUUGCAAUGUAUUUAUGUUCAAGGCAACCGGCAAGCAAUAGGCGCGCUUUGUAGCCGUUGCUUUAUUAUCGUUUUAAUUUAUCAAUAAUACCUUUCUGUGCCCGCCACCAACGGGAGAAGGAGUCAUUUCGGUUUCGCAAAGGAAGAUAAAAAGGUGUGCAAAAUAUUUUAAAAAGACUACUUAGAAAAUAGACGGGGUGGCACAAGCAGAGUGCAGCACGGUGUAGGAAUGAACUGCAGACGUGUAAGAAAGUUUACACCAAGGAUAGACACAAAAUGCUGGAGUAACUCAGCGGGACAGGCAGCAUCGAUUCAGACCCAUCCCUUCUCUCCAGAGAUGCUGCCUGUUCCACUGAGUUACUCCAGCAUUUUGUAUUUUAUCUACACAGCACGGCGCAGCAGCUACCGCCACUGCUCUGACACUCAUUCUGAGCGACAAGGAGGGAAACCAAUAAGUAUUUGAAUCUGCUUCCGCAUGGUCCCACGUUUGCCAAUGACCGAGGGGUGAAGGCGGGCUGUGACUGGAAGCUGGCGGAGCGAGUGAGCUGGGAUGUACUGAGUGUGUGUGUGUAGUCAGUGCAACCUAGUAGGUACACUUUGCUGCAGACGCGAAGUGACUCAUUCAGAUGUGGCGUGUGCUCAGAGAGGCAGAAAUAGGUUUUAACUUUUAAAACGUAACAAAUAUCAAUUGAAAUCCGCAUUGCAAAAAAAAACAAAAAAACAAAAAGCAAAAAUGCAGAGCGAGAAAUAUUUGCCCGAGCUGAUGGCCGAGAAAGACACGCUGGAUUCAUCUUUUGUUCACGCCGGCCGUCUGCUGUCGGAAGAAAUUGAACAAUUCCAGGAAAGCGACACAAAAAAGGACGAGGAGAAGCAGUACCUUGAUAUUAUCAGCAACAAAAACAUUAAACUUGCUGAACGAGUGCUGAUCCCAGUGAAACAGUAUCCUAAGUUCAAUUUUGUGGGGAAGUUGCUGGGACCACGAGGAAACUCACUGAAGAGGUUACAGGAAGAAACAGGUGCAAAAAUGUCAAUCCUGGGCAAAGGUUCAAUGAGGGACAAAGCCAAGGAAGAAGAACUGAGGAAAGGUGGAGAGGCCAAGUAUGCACACUUGGGUGAUGAUCUACACGUCUUGAUCGAGGUCUUUGUCCCAGCGGGAGAGGCCUACUCACGGAUGAGCCACGCACUGGACGAGGUGAAGAAGUUCCUGGUGCCAGAUUACAAUGAUGAGAUCCGUCAGGAGCAGCUGAGGGAGCUCUCGUACCUGAACGGCUCGGAAGAUUCCACUCGAGGACGGGGCACACGUGGACGGGGGGUUCGAACCCCCCUCACACCGGCAGUCAGGGGACGCGCCACUGCCCUCCUUCCCGGACGUGGAGUUCCGGUUCCCAGACCGCCGGCAGUGGCCCGUGGGGUGCCCCUCCCACCCCACGCGGGCAGGGGCACCGCAGCACCCCGCGGUCGGGGAGGACCAGGAGCAGCGGGCUAUCGACCUCCGCCACCCCCGGAAGAGGACACCUACGAUGAAUACGGUUAUGAUGAUGGCUAUGGAGGAGAUUAUGAUGACCAAAGCUAUGAUACCUAUGAUAACAGUUAUGCAAGUCAAGUGGAGAGUGGCCCGGAAUAUUAUGACUAUGGACACGGAACAAGUGAAGAUACCUACGACAGUUAUGGUCAAGAAGAAUGGGUGCCUUCCCGACCGAGUCUGAAAGCACCAAUUCCAAGGUCAAGAGGGACAUACAGAGAACAUCCCUAUGGUAGAUAUUGAAGGCUGCCCUUGUCCUAUGACCUCAGCUCAAUGACUACAUGCGUGUCCUGUGGUCAUUGUAUAGACUACUACAAGACAAGUAAUAGUUCAUUUGUUUUCUUGCCUAGGGAUAGCUUUUCUCGGGUAUCCUUGUGCACUCCUAUUUCCAAAAAACUUUAAUGGAAGUUGUCAUGAAUUUAUGACAGUAACUCAUAGAAUGGACAAGUCAGUCCCCACACCAUUCAACAAGAAUGCUGUUCCUUUCAACUGAUUUUUCAUUGUUCUAUGUGUAGAAGUAUGUUCAACUAGCAUGAACUGGUGAUAAGUUUUAAGUUUCUAAGCUCACCAGCUAAAGGUAAAUGCUUGUCUUGGGGUAAUAGAAGACUGUAACAAGAUUUUUUUUUUGAAAUAGGUGAUAAACAAGCUGUAGAUAAGUUGUCUUAAACUGUCUUCUUCUAAUAUUUGUCAAUUUAAGAUGUUCAAUAUUUAAUUUGUAAAAUUUAAUUUUUAAAACAAAUGAUGUUGAAUGGAGUUGAGCACAAUCAGCUAUGUAUGUAGCUAACUUUAUUAAAGUGAUCUGUUCAGUGUUUCUACCUGUAUGUGGUAAUAAAAUUGCAUAAAGUUCCAUGUGUAAGCUUCUCUAAAUAGGUGACUUUAAUUUGUCAAAUACAUUUUGCCAAUAAAGCUGAACUCUUUUGUAAAGAACUAAAAUUUGGAAUUAUUUCAUUCUAGUUCUUAAAUGUCUGCCUCUUUUGUUCUGCAGGAAUGCCUAAACUGUUUGCUUCAAUUAUAAACCAAAAUGAACUCUUAGUUGGUUUUUAUAUUGUGUAAGAUAUAAAAGCUGUAUUAACACCCAAUGGGAUGUAAAUAAUUUUAAAACGAAGUUAACACGAUAAUCUGUUUACUUGAUUGAUCUUUAGUAAACUUUAAUGCAGAAACUGUUGGAGCAAUAAAUGGAUUUUAAACUAUCUUACUAAACACAAAAUUCUUAAUUGACUUGUUUGUGUUAGCAUGUCUCUCAUGACAAUGUAACGGAGAUUAAUGAGGUAAGAUCACUUCCCGCUACAGUCUGUCUAAAUGCCUAGCCCUCGGAGCGUUGAACUUUCCUACACCAUUAAAUAUCCCAUCAUAAUGUGCGUUUUACCCAUGCUUGUCUUCACUCAAAAGAGGGCAUUUAAUGCAUUACUGAGGUGAUAAUAAUUGUCUUUACCUGGAAAAUCAUCAAUGUCACUGCCCAAUUGUUUGACCUUCACCUUUAAAAAAACUUUAUUUGCAAUUUCCAGUGCUAAUGUAUCUGAAUUUCACCGUUCGUGAAAGCAGUUUAGAGGGGCUGAUUUAUCUUUAUGAGGCAAUCAGACAUGAUGGCUGAUUAUUAAGAGAAUAUACGGCAGGACUCAAAGGAUGACUAAACGUUAAACACCCUGCAAAAACAAGGUAACACUAAU